CCUCUGUUCCUGUCGGAUGCAAAGACUGGUUGGACCGAGCGUCAAAAGGCUUGUGUCAAAUUUGCCAGCGUAAAAUUAGCUUAAAUUACCUCCUCAGCCACUUCUUGUUUUGGAAACCGCAACCAUAAAACGGGCUGAAACAUUAACGGGCCCUCGAUCAGAAACGGUGUCACGGAUUUCACCGAAACUAAAAACGAAAAUCUGCGCGAGGAACCGGAACAGCCGUGUGUGUGAACCGCUGCGUGCUACGUGUACAGCAGCAGCAGCCCGUUAGCUUCACCCGGCUAACUGGUCCAGCACUGACCGGUUCGAGAUAUGGAUUUUAACGGCUGACUGCACCGGAUGAACGGUGGGCUGAGACCCAGCAUGGAGGACAGUUUGGUCUCCGUCACCACCGACAAAUGAGGAAGGAUGGAGGGAAGGAUUAUCGCUCCUCUGAACCUCGACGCUGUUUUCUGUGGUUUUACUGUCUGGAUGUAACUGCUCUGAAAUCAGUUGUCAGUCUGUAAACAUGAUGUAUUCAUCGAGAAGAAAACCUGUGCUCUACUUCAAAGAGGAGAGGAGAGGUGACGGCUCGAAAGUUUCCCAUCAACAGAAGAUGCUCCUGACGGGGAAGUGUACGGUCUACAAGCUGUUCGGACUCUGCAUGGUUCUGGUGCUCGUCUCUCUGCUCUGGCUGCAGCUCAGCUGUUCAGGGGACAUGUCCUCCACCUUCCAUGAAGCCAAGCACGCCCCCCAGCUGCCGCCCUGCCCGGCUGGAAACCAGGCAUCUGCAGCGGACGACCCCUCCUGGGGUCCUCACAAACUGGCCCUGGUGGUCCCGUUCAGAGAACGCUUCGAGGAGCUGCUGGUGUUUGUUCCUUUCAUGCACACUUUUCUCAACAAGAAGAAGAUUCGCCACAAGAUCCUCAUCAUCAACCAGGUGGAUCACUACAGAUUCAAUCGAGCGUCUUUGAUCAACGUGGGAUACCUGGAGAGCGGGAACGACACCGACUACCUGGCCAUGCACGACGUGGACCUGCUGCCCCUGAACGAGGCUCUGGACUACGGUUUUCCUGAGGAUGGGCCGUUCCACGUGGCCUCGCCGGAGCUGCAUCCACUGUACCACUACAAGACCUACGUGGGAGGAAUCCUGCUGCUCACCAAGAAGCAUUACCACAUGUGUAACGGGAUGUCGAACCGGUUCUGGGGUUGGGGCAGAGAGGAUGAUGAGUUCUAUAGAAGGCUGAGAAAAGCAGAGUUACAGCUCUUCCGACCGAACGGCAUCACGACAGGAUAUAAAACCUUCCUCCACAUCCACGACCCGGCCUGGAGGAAGAGAGACCAGAAGAGGGUCGCCGCUCAGAAGCAGGAACAGUUUAAAGUGGACCCUGAGGGGGGGCUGACGAACCUUCAGUACCAGGUGGAGUCCCGACAGGACCUGACCAUCAAUGGUGCUCCGUGCACCAUCAUCAACACCAAACUGCUGUGUGACCAGAGCCAGACGCCCUGGUGUCUCCUGGCUUAGAGGGUGAGGGAGGUUAGUUGUCAUGGCAACGGCAACUUUUGGUUGAAGGAUGGAUGGCUGCGCUGGAAUCAGCUGAACCAGUACAGAGUGAGCAGCUGAAGUGAGGAUCUAUAAACCCACAUUUCAGGUAGAAUAAAACUGCUGAAUGAUCGGUCAGUGAACUCACCGCGCUGCCUUCAUGACGGCUUGCCUCCAUCAGACUGAGCGGGGCAGAGAAGACGCUUCAGCUCCGUCUGUGGCUCCAGACUGUUGUUUUAAAGCUGUGAUUUAUCUGAGAUGAAGAUCAAAUGUAAGACUCAUCAGGCAGAACAUUUUCAGAACAAAUCGGUCGCUUGGAUUCACCCGCUGUUUGGGAAUUUGGACCUAAACUCGUCGCUGAAGGAGAAGGAGCCAAAUGUUCCUUAUUUUUUAUUCCCAUAGAGGAAACGUAUUAAUCAGAGUUUAAAAAUGACUUAUGACUCUGCUGUGUCUCAUUAUGGAUUUAGUUUCUGAUAAUUUAAAGAAAAUACUUAAUAAAGAUCAGUAAUGAGUUACUGACUCAGAGCUUCA